AAAUGGCGCCACCUCGGAAGUGGCCGAAGCGCCAGAAGUUGCCGAAACAGGUCCGGAAGCUGCCGAGCGAGUCCGGAAGUUGCCGAAACAGAGCAGCGGGUGAGGAGGAUGGCGGAUGUCAUCGCGAGCCUCCGGGAGGACGGAAUCCAAAAGCGUGUGAUACAGGAGGGUCGAGGAGAGCUCCCUGACUUUAAGGAUGGAACCAAGGCCACGUUCCACUACCGGACUCUGCGCAGCGACGAGGUGGGCGUCGUGCUGGAUGACAGCCGUGUGCACGGCAAGCCCAUGGAGCUCAUCGUGGGCAAGAAGUUCAAGCUGCCCGUGUGGGAGACCAUCGUGAGCACCAUGCGUGAGGGGGAGAUCGCCCAGUUCCACUGCGAUGUCAAGCACGUGGUCCUGUAUCCGCUCGUGGCCAAGAGUUUGCGCAACAUCGCAGCCGGCAAAGACCCCCUGGAGGGCCAGCGGCACUGCUGCGGCAUCGCCCAGAUGCACGAGCACACUUCCCUGGGCCACGCCGACCUGGACGCCCUGCAGCAGAACCCCCAGCCUCUCAUCUUUGACAUUGAGAUGCUCAAGGUGGAGAGCCCUGGCACCUACCAGCAGGACCCGUGGGCGAUGACGGAUGAGGAGAAGGCGAAGGCGGUGCCCGUCAUCCACCAGGAAGGCAACCGGCUGUACCGCGAGGGCCUCGUGAAGGAGGCCGCCGCCAAGUACUACGACGCCAUCGCCUGCCUCAAGAACCUGCAGAUGAAGGAGCAGCCUGGGUCCCCGGACUGGAUCCAGCUGGACCAGCAGAUCACACCGCUGCUGCUCAACUACUGUCAGUGCAAGCUGGUGGCCCAAGAGUACUACGAAGUUCUGGACCACUGCUCCUCCAUCCUCAACAAGUAUGAUGACAACGUCAAGGCCUACUUCAAGCGGGGCAAGGCGCACGCCGCCGUGUGGAACACCCAGGAGGCCCAGGCUGACUUCGCCAAGGUGCUGGAGCUGGACCCCAGCCUGGCACACACCGUGAGCCGGGAGCUCCGGGCCCUGGAGACACGGAUCCGGCAGAAGGACGAGGAGGACAAGGCCCGCUUCCGGGGCAUCUUCUCCCACUGACAGGUCCGGCCCACCCCGCCCAGCCCGCCGCCGCCAGCCCACCCGCCCCACUGCAUCGUGCUUCUCUGUACAUAAAGGCCUUAU